CCCUCCCCAUUCUCUCUCUCUACCUUGGCAGCCCUCCCCAUUCUCUCUCUCUACCAACGGAGGUGCACUUGUUUUAUCCCUAUAACUAGUAAGGCCCCCGGCCAGUGGAGCAGCAAGCAGGUGUAUAAAGUUCUUGAGGGCAGGGCACCUGAGGGCAAUGAACUCGGGAGGCGGCACGAGCACGCUUGGCGGCGGCGGCGGCGGCGGCCCGAGCGGCAGCGGCAGUGGAGGCCCCGGAGGAGGAGGCGGCGGCGGGCCGUGCGGCGCGUGCAAGUUCCUCCGGCGCAAGUGCGUGAGCGGGUGCAUCUUCGCGCCCUACUUCGACUCGGAGCAGGGCGCGGCGCACUUCGCGGCGGUGCACAAGGUGUUCGGCGCCAGCAACGUGUCCAAGCUGCUACUCCAGAUCCCGGCGCACAAGCGCCUCGACGCCGUCGUCACCAUCUGCUACGAGGCCCAGGCGCGCCUCCGCGACCCCGUCUACGGCUGCGUCGCCCACAUCUUCGCGCUCCAGCAGCAGGUGGUGAAUCUCCAGGCCGAACUAACCUACAUGCAAGCCCACCUCACCACGCUGGAGCUGCCGUCCCCGCCGCCGCUGCCUGCCCCUCCGCAGAUGCCGAUGCCGGCGCCGUUCUCCAUCUCGGACCUGCCGUCGUCGACGAACAUCCCCACCACCGUCGACCUGUCCGCGCUCUUCGAUCCGCCGCAGCCGCAGUGGGCGCUCCAGCACCACCACCACCAACAGCAACAGCACCAGCUCCGGCAACCGACGUCGUCGUAUGUCACGUCCGUCAGGGGCAGCGGCUCCGACAUGGCAGAGAGCUCGGGGGGCGGCGGAGACCUGCAGGCGUUGGCGAGGGAACUCCUAGACCGCCACCGGUCCGGCGUGAAGCUUGAGAAGCCGCCACCACCCCCACCGCACUCAAGAUGAGCUUACUCGUCAAGCCGCGCACGAAACCAAUAUGGAUCGUUGGAGAGAGGUGAAGAAAGAGGGUAGUAUUGUGGAGGGGGUGCAGUGAGUGGCAUGGACAGAGUUGGCGCGCGGCGGCAAUAACCAGAGAGAUAGGGUUCGGUGAUGGGCGAUGGGGAGAAGGGAGUGGGUAAGCAGCAUUGACCGGUUUUCGCGUAUCCAUCUUGUUAACCAGCUAGGGUGCAAUGGCGCCCACUUGAUGCAAGUGUGCUCCACUUUGGAUUUGCUGCAAGACAAAUUAAGAAGAAUACUGGUCAUGGGAUCGAGAGUUAGUAGUACGAGAAUUGACAUGUAAUAGUAAGUAACAGUAUCACCUUUGUCACCGUUCCAUUAAUUGCAAGAU